AUGACAUCUUCAUUUAGAUGUCCGUAUUUGGAAGCGAAGGUCUGCGUUCAUUAUGAGAAAAUUUGCGACGGCAUCGAUGACUGUGGAGACGGCAGCGACGAGGUGAGCUGUAGCAAUGACAUCGAGGAAGAGGCAGAAAAAGCGCAGCCAGUUGGCGAACCAGCAGGGGUCGGGACACCAGGCUGUGAGCCGAACCAGUAUCAGUGCCAGGAUGGAAAAUGCAUUCCUGGAAGCGAUAAAUGCAAUCACAGAUACGACUGCGAUGAUGGUUCGGACGAAACUGUUUGUGGUCACCCGGUGCGCAUCGCCAGCGAUGUUGGGUUGUACCCUUGUUAG